AUGGGGUCUUCUCUGUUCUGGUUUGAUAACUGGACUGGUUUAGGCCCUCUGUAUUUCCUUACACCUGCUGAUUUUUACUGCAAUGAGGAAAUUAAUAAUGUUUCCGAUGUAGUGACAAAAGGUAGGGGGCAUGAGCCUACUAUCAGAAAUAAUCUGCCUGAAGAUCUUGCUAAUUAUAGACUAAUUGAUGUUCAACCACCGUACAGAGGGGAUGAAUUAGAUAAGCCUUGGUGGAUGCUUGAAACUAAGGGUGAUUUUACUGCAAGUCUGCAUGGGAGUAUAUCAGAAGCAAAGGAGAAAAAAGGGAUGUUUACAAGAAGAUAUGGGGUGUGGCAUUUCAAAGUACCAUUGGGUGAUGUUCUCAGGAGUUGGGGAUAUCAUAUGCCAUCUAUGUGCUCUUGUUGUGCAUCACCUAAGGAGGAAACUGUACAUCACAUUUUUUUAAGAUGUGAAACUGCUCAAAGAACAUGGUCCUAUUUCUCUGCUGCUGGUGGUAUUAAUAUUGCAGGCAUGCAUUUGCAUCAACUGAUUGUGAAGUGGUGGACAACUGAUGUGUUGCCUAGAAUGAAACCUAUAUUCUAUGCUAUUCCUUCUAUUAUUGUUUGGGAAUUAUGGAAGAAGAGGAAUGGGGAUAAGCAUAAGGAUAAAGUUUCUAUUAGCAGGGUUAUUUUUCAAGCUUCAAGAAAUAUUCAACAGCUGGUAAAAGUAAGGAAACCUGGGAUCAGAUCUGUUCCUCAUAGGUAG